UCCCAAUGGAUAAGAAGCUGGAUGUCUUCAGGAGGGAGUUAGUGGAUGUUCAUGGUAUCCCUCUCUUCUGGAGCAUUGCUGAGCAGUGGUCCCAAGUGGAGUCAUUUGAGGCCCGACCUGAUGAUCUUUUGAUCUCCACAUAUCCCAAAUCUGGGACAACCUGGAUCAGUGAAAUAUUGGAUUUAAUCUAUAACAAUGGGGAUGCAGAGAAGUGUAAACGGGAUGCAAUCUACAAACGAGUGCCCUUCAUGGAGCUUAUCAUUCCUGGAUUGUCAAAUGGUGUUGAACUGUUGAAAAACAUGCAGUCUCCUCGACUGGUGAAAACUCAUCUACCUGUUCAACUUCUUCCUUCCUCAUUUUGGAAAAAUGACUGCAAGAUGGUCUAUGUGGCACGGAAUGCCAAAGAUGUGGCUGUUUCUUACUAUUAUUUCUACAAAAUGGCAAAAAUGCACCCAGAGCCUGGCACCUGGGAGGAGUUCCUUGAUAAAUUCAUGACUGGACAAGUGAGUUUUGGCUCCUGGUAUGAUCAUGUGAAGGGCUGGUGGGAGAAAAGAAAAGAUUACCGUAUCCUUUAUCUGUUUUAUGAAGAUAUGAAAGAAGAUCCACAGUGUGAAAUUCAAAAAUUAUUGAAGUUUCUAGAGAAAGACAUGCCAGAAGAAAUUGUAAAUAAAAUCAUCUACCAUAGCUCUUUCAAUGUAAUGAAGGAGAAUCCUAAUGCAAAUUACACCACUAUGAUGAAAGAGGAAAUGGACCAUUCUGUGUCUCCAUUCAUGAGAAAAGGCAUUUCAGGUGAUUGGAAGAAUCAGUUCACUGUAGCCCAGUAUGAGAAAUUUGAAGAAGAUUAUGUGAAGAAAAUGAAAGAGUCGACACUUAAGUUUAGAUCAGAGAUCUAGGGGGUGUCUCCUUCAUCUGGCACUAAAAUUAGAGGGGAAAAAAGCUCAUUCAUGGAUUAGUGAAGUAUAAUGUUGUAUAUGAAUUUUCUGUAUUUACAUGGUUUACAGACCAAACUUACCGAUAAUUCUCUCCUAACUGUCUUCCUUACAGACAGGUUGAUACAGUAGUUUUCACCUCACUUUCUGUUAACAAAAGAAUACAAUUUUAAGAGACCUUA